AUGAGGUUUGUCUCCCAAUUAAUGCGCUUUCCCGUGGGUGCCCACUCGCAGAGCGAGGUGCCCGCCGGACGUCGCGCCGAGGCCAUGGGUGACGAGCAAGUGCCCGAGCAGGGCCAGGACAGGUUCAGCUACGACUAUGACACCAUCCGCAACGGGGGGCUGAUCUUUGCCGUCGUGGCUUUUGUGAUCGGGCUCCUCAUCAUCCUCAGCCAGCGGUUCCACUGCGGAGGAAGGAAGAAGAGGAGACAAGGGAACGAGGAGGAGCUGUAG